AUGCCGGCCAGCCUCCCCUACAAGGCCGACUGCAGGGCUGCCACUCACGUCAUCAUCCUGGCUGGGGUGGAUCAGGCCCACGAGUCUCUGGAUGACCUUUGCUUCAUUCAGCCACUGAUAGGACAGAAAAGGGGGGAACAAGAGGUCGUUACAGAGGAAGGCGUGAUAGAUGUGUCAGCAAAGAAUAAGUCCCAAAUCAUCUACGACUUAUUGACACACCACAAUGCUGACCUGGCUUGUAUCAGGGAGACCUGGCUUGGAGCAGACAGCUCUGUAACCUGGGCUCAGGCCCUUCCGGCUGGCUACUCCGUCAAUGAGCAGAUAGUCUCCGAGCCUACGCAUUGCACAGGUCAUGCCCUCAAUGCGGUCUUCUGCACGGAACGGACACAUCCGUGGGCGGAGAUCAUUAGUAUCUCUGCUCUGUCACGGACAGAUCAUUUCCCGGUUAAGGGCAGCCAAGCCCAGUACUUACUUGAAGCGGAGCUUCUCGUCCAUGUCCAGCGGCGGCUCGUGGGUGAUGAAGUUGACCAGCUGCUCCAUGCAGGGCGUCUGGCACAGGAAGUCCAGCAGCUUGCGGUUCUGCGCUUUGCACUCCUGGAGGAGGUCAUCUUCCUCCAUCAGCUCCUGCAGCGUCACAUCCUCCUUCUCAAGCAGCUUGUCAACAUAUCGCAGAAGGGCUUCCAAGGCAAUCGCCAAGGAAGGCACCUAAAGCCAGCUGGAGCCCUCCGGAGCCACGGCGCCCAAGGGCAGAGCGCUGCUGUUUGGGAGGAGCCAAAGCCCCAGGGCCGCUCUCUCGCUCGGAGCGGGGCCCGGGCCCUCGGGAGCCGGACCGCCGUCCCGCGACCAGAGCAACGGGGCCCUGGCGCCGCCGCCGGCCCCGGCUGGAAGCAGGCGGGAAGGGCCCGAACGCCACGGCGGCGGCGGCGGCGGCCUCCUCCUCCUCACCUCCUCCUCCCGUCCGUCCGUCCGUCCGUCAGGAGCUUCGCCUUCGCCCUCGCCGCCUGCUUCCUGCGUCCGCGGAGGGCCUGCCUUCGGCAGCAACGUCCAUUGAACGCCGCUUCCCUGCGGGAGGAAGGAAGGAAGGAAGGAGGCGGAGGCGUCGGGCCCAGGACCGCCCACGGGCGCCGCUCCCUAACUGCCUGCCUCCCUCCUGGGCCCGGGACUCACGGACCUCGCUCUCUGCCGCCUCCGCCUCGUUCUUCUUCUUUGGCGGCUCAGGCUCCAAAAUGGCGGACCGGGAGGGAGGGAGGAGGGACUGCGCAUGCGCACGCGCCCCCCCCCCGAGGACGGCCUACGUCACGCGGCGGCCUCCUCCUCCUCGUCUUCCGGCGCCAGAGGCGAGCCCUCCUCUGCGGAGGAACCAGGGGCGGAAGCGGAAGGGGCGGGCGCAUCGGGGCUGUGCUUCCGCUUCCGCCCUUCCCUCCCUCCCUCCCUCCCUGGGCCAUGGAGUCUCCCGCGGGCGGCGCCGGUCCGGCCUCUGCGCCGCGCUGGUCCCGGCUCUCCGCCUGGCUGGAGUGCGCCUGCGCCGUCACCUUCGACCUGGAGCUGGGGCAGGCCCUGGAGCUGGUCUACCCGCCGGACUUCGCCCUCAGCGAGAAGGAGAAGACGAGCAUCUGCCACUCGUCCUUCCCGGACUCCUACUCAGGCGUCCUGGGGGACACCCAGUUCAGCUUCCGCUUCCGGCAGUCAGGGCCCCACCGCCGCCGCCGCUGCCGGCCGGAGGAGCCACGGCCCCAAGGGGGGCCCCAGCCAGAGGACCAGGAGCAGCCCACCGGCCCCCCAGCCCUGCAGCGGGAGACGGCUCACUACUUCGGCUACGUCUACUUCCGGCAAGUCAAGGACGCCUCCGUCAAGAGGGGCUACUUCCAGAAGGCGCUGGUCCUGGUCUCGCGCCUGCCCUACGUCAACCUCUUCCAGGCGCUGCUGAGGCUGGUGGCUCCAGAGUACUUUGACAAGCUGGAUCCCUGCUUGGAGGCAGUCUGCAGCGAGAUCGACCAGUGGCCCCCGCCGGUGCCUGGCCAGACACUGAACCUGCCUGUGAUGGGCGUUGUCAUUCAGGUACAGAUCCCUUCCCGGGUGGACAGGCCUGACUCCAGCCCUGACAGGCCCCUGAACCAAGAGAAGCUCCUGCCAGCCCCACUUGUCCUGCCCAGUGCCUGCGAAGUGGACCUCUUCCGGUGCUUCCAGACGGUCCUAAUUCACAUCCAGAUGCUUUGGGAGUGGGUGCUGCUCGGAGAGCCUCUGGUGGUCAUGGGGCCCUCUCCUGCUGUUUCCUCUGAAGUGGUUCUUGCCUUGACCAGGUAAUGGGCUUACCGUAUAUACUCGUAUAUAAGUCGAGCUCAUGUAUAAGUCGAGGUGGGGUUUGGGGGCCAACGUUAUGGAUUUUAAUAUAACCCGUGGAUAAGUCGAGGGUGCCGUCACAGUCCCUCUGCUCCACUUGCCUCUUGGUGCUCCUUUGAGUGGCUGCUGCCCCCGAGACGUCCCUGCUGCUCUGCUUGCCUUUGGUGUUCUGUGAGGGCAAGCUCCAAAAAGCCAUCUCUGCUGCCAUCCCCAGUGCUCCCUCUCCCAUGCUUCUCCCUUGGGGCUCUCUAACUCAAAGUGUUCAUACAAUCAUAGAGUUGGAAGAGACCCCAAGGGCCCUGAUCCAGCCCAACCCCAUUCUACCAUGCAGGAAAUCCAAAUCAAAGCAUCCCCAUUGACAGAUGGCCAUCCAGCCUCUGCUUAAAGACCUCCAAAGAGGGAGAUUCAGAUUUUUUUGCUCCUUUGUAUAUUUUGGAGAGGAAAGAGUGAAAGAGAGGCUCCUUUUCCCCCACCAUUUCAGUUUGGGCUCUCCAGCAAGUCUUAAGUUUCUGCCCCUUUAAGAACAGAGCAGCUAGUGGUUCCCAAACUUUGCUCCUCCAGGUUUUUGGACUUCAACUCCCAGAAGCCUCAGCCCUCUUAGCUAAUGGCCUA